AUGAAGGACCCGGUCGAACAGCCCGCCGUGGGCACGGAGAAUGAUAUUGUGGAGGAAACGAAGGUUGUCGACACUACAACGGACAUGGAGCUUCAAAAGGUUGAGUCCGUAGCGGUAGGCGAAGCCACUGGUACCAAUAAGAUGAAGGCCAUUGAGGCUGUCUGGGGAAAGCAUGGAAAGCUGCUCAUCAUUCUUGCCCUAUGUAUCACACAAAUCACCUUCGAAUUUGACAACACGACAAUCUUUACAUACUAUGUAUACGCUCAGUCGAGCUUCAGUAAGAUCUCAAGCUUGGCAGCCUUGACCACCGCGGGGGGUCUUAUCUUCUCGGUGUUCAAGCCUCUAGUUGCCAAACUGUCUGACGUUUUUGGUCGUGGCGAAUGCUUCCCAGUCAUCUUGGCGCUGUACCUAGUCUCAUACAUCAUGUGCGCCAAGUCACCUAACUACGAGACGUAUGCAUGCGGCUACAUCUUCCACUAUUUUGCCCAGACAGGAAUCAAUACCCUGCAAGACAUUAUUGCGGCUGAUAUCUCGACUGCCCGUCAACGAGGCUUGGCAAUUCAGCUUCAGUUUCUGCCCAAUGUUUUCAUGCCAUUCACAUCGGCUUUCGUGACAUCUUCUGUCAUCAAUGGCAUUGGUUGGCGUUGGGGGAUUGGCAUGUUGGCCAUCAUUAUGCCCGUUGGUCUCGCACCCAUGAUCAUCACUCUUCUCGGAUGGCAACGGAAGGCGCGGAAGGCCGGACUUACUCAGAAGAUGAAGUUGACCAUCUAUGACUUCUUUUCCCAAGUCGAUAUGGGCGGUAUGAUUCUUUUCUCUGGUGGACUGGCUCUUGUCCUCCUGCCCACGACACUUGCUGGUGAUCUGGCCGAUGGCUGGCACACUAACUGGGUCAUUGCUUGCCUGGUUAUUGGUGGUGUUUUCCUCGUUACCCUCCCGUUCUACGAGUACUACAUGGCCAAGUUUCCUAUUCUGCCAAUUCAUUACUUCAAGAGUCUUACCCUCGGUAUGGCUUUGAUUAUGUACGCAAUGGAUGGUAUGGGUCUUGGUGUUACCCACAGCUACUUUUACACCUGGCUUAUCGUCGCUCGCGGAUACCCAAUCAAGGUUGCCGUCUGGAUCAACGAUGUCGCUCGUGCCGUGCAGUUCUUCACUGGUCUCUGUGUUGGUCUGACUAUGUGGUACUUCAGACGCUACAAGUGGACUUGUGCAGCUGGUGUAGUAUUGCGUCUCAUUGGCUAUGGCGUCAUGUUCCGCAUUCGUAACCCUUCCUCCACCACUGCAGAGCUUGUCAUCGUCCAGUUCAUCCAGGGAGUUGGUGCCGGUCUCGUCGGCACAGCUUGCUUUGUGGCUCUCACAGUUAACGUACCUCGACGAGAAGUGGCACAGAUGACUUCAGUCGCGGUCUGCUUAUCAAUGCUUGGAUCUACCAUGGGCACGGCUAUUGGUGGAGGCAUUUACACGAGUCACUUCAAGAAAGAGUUGUACAGCUCACUUGGCGACAUGGCCACACCAGCAUUGGUCAACUCUGUUGUCAACUCUAUCACCAAGGGCCUCCCGGCUAUGGGAACUCCUCAAAGACAUGCUAUUGCGUUGGCCUACAACAAAAUUCUCGCAUAUUUCACGUAUGUGGCUUUUGGAGCAGUUGUUCCCUCGAUCAUUUGUGCUUGGUAUCUUCCCGACAAAGUCCUGACUGAUGCCCACAACCUUGUCGAAGAUGACGAGCCACUGACCACAACUGUUGGGACUAACACCCAUGAAGAGACUGAGAGGAAGUAA